CCUUCUUUUACACCUCAUUUAUUCUAAAAAAAACCUUUGGAAAUUAAUUAAAAAUGAUCUUACCACGACCCCUAAUUUUUCUGUUACUAAUUCUUUCUACACUUUUAUUAACAUCCGCUUUUCUUUGUCCUAAUAUACCAAAAGAUGAGGUAGAUACAGACCUAGAACAAUACAUUGUUUACCUUAAGCCUCCAGGUCUUCUAGACAUCGUAGUUGAUUUAGUAGACCAUUUGCUAUUAUUGAUAACGUGUUUAGGACGUACGGUUCAAGAACUUAUACCUGGAGAAGGAUUAUUCGGUGAUGGACCAAUUGAUCUAAAUGUUAUAACAGAUCUUUCCUUUGCUGGAUCUGGUUUUAGAUUGUAUACCGGAUUUUUUAAUCCCGAUUUUGUCGAAAACGUUUUAAAAAAAAGAAAUGAUGUUAAAUUUGUUGAAAAAAUCUGUCCUGUAAAAGCUGAUUCCGCCAUUCCUAUUUAUAAUCUUAAUUUAGAAAAAAGGACUACCCAAACCAGCGCACCUUAUAAUCUUGAUCGUAUAGAUCAAAAGAAUUUUCCCCUAGAUGGAAGUUAUUCUUACCCAAAUGAUGCUGGUUCUGAAUCAAACGUUUAUGUAGUUGACACUGGAAUUUUCGUCAGUAAUGUUGAAUUUGAAGGAAGAGCAAUUCAUGGGGGUACCUUUUGUGGCAAUUGUUCUUCAACCGAUGAUCAUGGGCACGGAACCAACGUUGCCGGUGUGAUCGGCGGCAAAAAAUUUGGAGUGGCGAAAAAAACAAAAUUGAUUGCAGUUAAAGUAUUAAACCAAAAUGGGCAAGGUACUUCUUCAACAUUAGUAGCUGGAUUAUCUUAUGUUAUAACAAAACAUAAGAAUGGCUCCAACAAAAAUACGAUUGUGAAUUUGUCGCUUAGUGCUCCAUUUUCUCAAGCAAUCAAUCAAAUAGUAACCGAUUGUAUUAAUGCUGGUAUUCAUGUGGUUGCAUCAGCAGGUGACCUAGGACAAAAUGCAUGCAACUUUUCUCCAUCAACAGUCCCACAAGCAAUUACUGUUGGAGCUACAGAAAAAACUUCAAAUACCGUUACAAGCUUCUCCAAUACUGGAGAUUGUGUAACACUUUAUGCUCCGGGAAGAGAUAUUAUUGCAGCAGGUGCAGGUCAAAAUACUUUUCUAUCCCAAGCGUCAGGAACAAGUCAAUCAUGUCCACAUGCUGCUGGUGCUGUAGCUUUGAUCAUUAGCAAAAAUGGGAAUAGCAGCCCAUCAACAAUGAAAAAUUCAUUGAUAUCAUUGGCGACCAAAGGUAUUCUUAAUAAAACACCUAAUGUAUUUUUACGAGUACCUACUCCAUAAACCUAUACAUAAACCACCUAUACAUACACCGAUUCCAUAAAUUACCAUAAAUUACUUACUCCAUAAAUUACCUAUAAAUCAAGUUUUUGACAAUGUCAAUUAUAGAUAUACAGUAAUCCCGUUUGUUAUAUAAAUCAGAUAGAUUGUAUCAUUUUGAGACCAACAAUAAUUUAGUGUUAGAAACUAUAACGAAAUUUUAUUACGAGUGCUUUUAUAAUAGGUGACAUCACCAAAU